CAUAUUUUUUUUAUCAGAUAAUUUCGUAAACAUUAAAAACAUUUUGUAAAUGCAUUUAAAAUUAUUUAUGUGAUCUAUUUACGAAUUCCAAACAAAAUUGCCAAUGUCUGUGACUCAAUUAUUAUUCACUAGGUAAUUAAAUUAAACAAUUAAAAAAACAAAUGUUUUAUUGGCGUUGAUUAAAUUAGUGCAAUAUUUAUAAAUUAAAAAGUGUGUCAAACAGUAGCUUCCCGUUCGCAGCCUACUUACAAAAGAGUCCCUUUUAUUUAUUUAUUUAUAAAGUAUCAGAAUUCACGCAAUUCGGUCAUGAAAGAGUGAAAUUUUAAAUGACAACAACAAAGCAAUGCAUUCAAAGUGAAAGAGAAAACGAAUUGCCAAUAAGAAGAAGCAGCAGCUGUCGCGAAGUAAGGCAAGGGGGAAAGGGCAAUACAUAACAGUAAAGCGUUAAAUAUUUGGGGAAUAUUGCGAGCCCAAAAUGAGCGCCUCGACAACGACGCUGCCGCCGAGCACCGAAUACAGCAACAGCAACAAUAAUAACAAUAGCAACAAUAUCAACACCUACAGAUAUGACAACAACACCAACAUGUACAAAUAUAAAUCGCCCAUUCAUGAUGAUUCCAUAUUGUCCUCAAGCUCCAGUUCCUGCUCUCCCUUGGCCUCGCCACAGCUGAUCAAGAGCAACAGCUACAACGGCACAAGCACUUCCAAUUUUCCAUUGGAAACCAGUGACACUUCCAAGACUGCCUCGGCCAAUGUUGCCAACUCUGCUGUGAAUACCAAUGAGGAGAGUAGCGAAUGCGAUGCUUUCCUCAUCAAUUCCAACCCGGGCAAUAGCACUGGCACCAGCACUGGCAGCGUCCCUGGCCGACGUAGCAUCAGUCGUACCAACUCUUACCUGCGUCGCAACUCGUGCUGCGUGCGAAUCCAUGCGUUUAUCAUGCGCAAUUGGUAUAUCAGCUAUUUGGUACCGAUAUCCAUACUGGGUCUCGUUCUGAUCGUUGGCUACCUCACCCGCAAUUAUGCCAAAGAGCUGCUCUUUUGGAUCGAGACACAGAAUAGCUGGAUAAUCUUUGUCAUCUUCAUGGCACUCUUCACCCUCGUGAGUUUCCCCAUCGUUGUGGGAUAUCUUGUGCUGCUGAUAACUGCUGGUUACCUGUUUGGCUGGUGGAAGGGCUGGUUGACUGUGAUUCUCGGUGCAAAUGUGGGCAUUGCCAUUGCCCAUGCCACAAUACGUAGCUUCCGGCAUCGGAUAUCCGUGCACAAAUUGAUUAAAAAUGAGACUGGACGAGCAAUAUUGCGAGUUAUAUCUGGACCCAAGGCAUUUCGAGUGGUUCUAUUUACGCGCCUAACGCCGAUUCCAUUUGGUUUACAGAAUGCCAUAUUUGGAAUUAGUUCAAUUAAAGCACGAGAUUAUCAUCUGGCCACAUUUCUGGGUCUGCUGCCCGCCCAGACGAUCAAUGUUUAUCUGGGCUCCACGCUGCGUUCCAUGCACGAGGUGCUUAAUGACAACGAAUCGAAAUUGACGGGCUACAUUAGCUUCGUGUUCGAGGUUAUUUGUGGCGUUGCAUUGAUGUUUUGGGUGGUUCAAAAGGCGCGAAAGGAGCUGUCGGAAACUUUGAUGGAGUCGGAUUACAGCAACGAUGGCAAACCCAUCGAUAUACAAGUAUAGCA